GAUUAAACCCACACCGGCAGCCUCGAAUCGGAGCGAAUUGUCGGACAUGGCAGAAACCGAUAGUCCCACAAAUCCAAACGGAGCUUCGACCCAAAACCCGAUAAUUGCAAACAAUAAACCAAAAGUUGUGGUGAUUAUGGGAGCAACCGGGUCGGGUAAAUCCCGUUUAGCAAUUGACCUAUCUUCACAUUUUCCUAUUGAAAUCAUCAACGCCGACUCAAUGCAGGUUUACCAAGGAUUGGAUGUUCUUACUAAUAAAGUUGCCAUUCGUGAUCAAAAAGGAGUGCCGCAUCAUUUGUUGGGUACAAUAAGUCCUAUAGUAGAGUUUACUGCAAAGGAUUUUAGGGAUAACGCGAUUGCGCUUAUUGAUGAUAUAACAUCCAGAAAUCACUUGCCAGUCAUUGUUGGAGGCACAAAUUACUAUAUCCAGGCCCUUGUGAGUCGGUUUCUUCUAAAUGAUUCACUUGGAGAUACAGAUGAAAGCUGUUUAGAUGAAAAUAAUGGAGCUAAACAGCCGCAUAUUCAUGUUACGGUGGACACAGAAAAUUUUAGUUAUAGCUAUGAUAGUCUCAAGGAGCUUGAUCCAGUUGCAGCUAAUAGAAUUCACCCGAAUGAUCACAGAAAGAUAUGUCAAUACCUUAAUUUAUAUGCUUCCUGUGGUGUUCUUCCUAGCAAAUAUCUUCAGGAGACGACUAUGGAGAACUGGGGCAACGCUGAUAGUUUAAGAUACAACUGCUGUUUCAUAUGUGUGGAUGCUUCUCUCCCUGUUAUAGACAAAUAUGUAGAGCAGAGAGUAGAUCAGAUGGUCGAAUCAGGAUUGCUUCGAGAAGUUCAUGAUAUUUUCAACCCUAAUGCAGAUUACUCUCGAGGUUUGCGCCAAGCCAUUGGUGUUAGGGAGUUCGAGGAUUUUUUAAAAGCUUACCUUUCUGAAGGUAAUAGUAGUAUGGAAGCUAGUAUCAGUAACUGUUCAUCUGACCAAGUGUCAGCAGAUACAUAUGUUGAGAGGCUUAAAGAAAAUGUGAAUGCAAUUUUGAGUACCUCUGGUGAGAACCUGCUGAAGCAGCUUCUUCAAGAUGCCAUUGACAAAGUUAAACUGAAUACCAGAAGGCUUGUUCGUCGUCAGAAAAGAAGGCUGAUUCGGCUGCAGACAUUGUUCGGGUGGAAGAUACAUUAUGUCGAUGCAACAGAAUGUCUCUCGUGUUUAUCUGAGGAGUCAUGGACUGCAAAAGUGGUCGAACCAUCAAUCCAAAUAAUCAAAUCUUAUUUUGACAAGGAUACAAGUUCGGUACCUGAUUUUAAUGCAACAACUGGUACCAAAGGAUUAAAAUUAAUGGAAAGGGAUUUAUGGACACAACACAUAUGCAAGGCAUGCGGGAAUAAGGUACUUAGAGGGGCAUAUGAAUGGGAACAACAUAAACAAGGGAGGAGUCAUCGCAAAAAAGUUUGUCGCCUUAGAAAGUCUGGAGUAUCUGGAUUGGAUGAGUAUUAGAGUUUGUUAUGUUAAAGAUAUGCUCUACGGAUAAUAAUUAUAAUUCAAACGUUUAGUGUGUCUAUCUAAGAAUCUGGAAGCCAAAAGUGUAGUUGAAAAAGAAAAGAAUAAAAAAAACAGUCCUCUUUUA